AGAACGCCGAAUGCGGCCUGCGGCCGGAGGGGUUACGAGUACGAGCGAAAAAAGUCGACUAGACUUCUGUACUUCUCUUUUCGACGAGGAAAUUUAAAAGGCACUGAGUUUCAGUCUGCGCUGGAUGAUUCGAGUGCAAAAGCAGAGAUAGAUAAUGGAGGAGCAUGAAAAGCCAACGUAUUUGCCACCAGCCCAAAGAAGGAGGAUUGAUGGAAAUAAUUCUGCAGGAUGGAGAGCUCAGGCAGCAGCCUUGACAGCUCGCAACCAAAAUACACAAAACCCUCAUCAUGGCACUGCGUCCAGACGCCCGCAGCAGCCUGCUCAUGGAUUUAGAGCAAAUAUUAAUGGAGAUAACUGGAGACUCUGCAGAGAACCAUCAGUGCCAAGAGGAAAUUCACACAUUAAUGUGACCAAUCAAAAUGGUAGAGGCAACUUCUAUCAGGCCAAAAAGAAUCUAAAUUUUGUCGCAGCUCUUCAAAGAUUGGUUGAUGAAGACCCCUUUCAGGUUGUGAAACAGCUUGCUGAGAGAAGCGACCAGUGGGAUGAACUUGUGAAGGGCGAGUUAAAUCUGUCAGACUUUCAACUUGUUCUUUGCGUUCUGCGGAAAGUCUGCGAGUCGGAAUACGACAAGCACAAGGCCAUGCUGGUCAAUCAAACAUGCCACCCUGACUUCAUGAAUUGUUUUCCAACAAUGCUGCUGAACAGUUCGAUGAAAGACCACUUGACCUUUACUCAAGUGGCAGAAAACAUUGCGCUGUUCUUCACAACCUUGGUGGAGAUGUUGCCAAUCACAGCAGCAGGGCUGAAGAAAACCGUCGAAUGCUGCUUUGUCAGUCUGAAUGGCAUCAGCAGUAGUCAAGACUGUGUGCAGGUUGCACCUGAGUUGCUGCAAAAAUACAAGAGUUUGGUUGGCCACGUAGAAGCUCUGCAGGUGAAUGCCCCGAAGAAGCCAACUUGGCACGACCGGCGAAUGGAACAAGUGGAGAAAAUGAAGUACGAGCAGCCGCCGAACGACUUCAGGGAAAUCAGCAUUUAUCCCACCUUUGAAGAUGUCGUCAACCCUCAGCGGCCCUUUCUGAGGCCGAACGUGAUCAACGGUCCCUACUUUGAUGUUGAACACUACCUGGACACUCAGUACCGUCUGCUGCGAGAAGAUUUUGUUCGACCUCUUCGAGAAGGAGUGCAGGACAUUCUCAAAGGCACCGACAGCAAGAAGUGCGAGUCGCUGUCAGUCAGAGUAUACAAGGAUGUGCAGUUCAUCAAAUAUGUGAGGGAAAUUGAAGGCGCAAGAGUGCUGAACGAAGGCACAUUGCUGUGUUUUGAUACAUCAACAAAUAGCAGACGAUUCCAGAGGACCAACUGGGAGCAAACCAAGAAGUUCAUGCACGGCGCCCUGCUCUGUUUCACUCGAAACUGCUUCCAGACACUUCUCUUUGCCACAGUUAGCAGCCGAGAUGUGAAAUAUCUUAGGCAGAAGCAAAUCUUGGUGACCUUUUGCGAGAAGUAUGAUGAAAACAUUUACGAUAAGAAUGCCAAAUACACCAUGAUUGAGAGUGAAGUUUUCUUUGAGCCUUAUUACCAGGUUCUUGGAACACUGAAGAAUCUAAAUGAUCGGAACUUUCCUUUCCCAAAAUACUUCAUUAACGUGCAAAAGGAUGAUGAACCUCCAGCAUAUUUGCUUGAUGUUGAACCUGUGCAGAUUAAAAUCAAAGGAACAAGAGGUUCAUAUCAGCUGACAAUCUUGAAUGAUGCAUCGUGGCCUGAUGCUGAACAACUGGGCCUAGAUAACUCCCAGUACAAAGCCCUGAAAGCUGCUUUGACCAAAGAACUUGCUGUUAUCCAAGGACCGCCUGGCACUGGCAAGACUUUCAUGGCUUUGAAAAUUGCAGAAAUCCUGAUCCGAAACCAACAAGCUAUGAAAAGAAAAACUCCCAUUCUUGUCGUUUGUCUCACAAAUCACGCACUGGACCAAUUUUUGGUUGGAAUGCUGAAUUUUACCGAGAGUUUAGUGCGCAUUGGUGGUCAAUCAAGAUGUGAAGAGUUGGAUGCAUACAAUUUGAGGAAGCUUAAUGUCAAGCGGUCGAAGGCACAGUAUAAAGUUCGAGAUGCUCUCAGAGAAGCUUACGAUCGACUUGUGGUAAUUGACCGACAAAUUGCUCCCCUGAAUCAAGCCGUCAAUUUGAGGCAAGGGUUUUUCCUUACAAAUCCUGGAGAUCACUCAAUCCCACCAGUUCUCGAUGCUAGCAUUGCUUCAGCACUUCAAUUACAUGAUCAGGAUGUGCCCUCUGACCCCUUCACAGGGCGCAUUGAUAAAAUUUUUGUUACAUUCAAAGAGUUGGAAGACAAGAUUCGGCGUUGGACAUUCGACAAUCUAGAAGAUAUUAAAGAGGAUGAGCAUCUUUCUCCUGAAGAGAAACAGCUUUUUUCCUAUCAGAUCAAAGAGCAAGGCACAUACUUUUCCAAUGUGAUAGAAGGUUUAGAGAUAAUCGCUGCUGAAGUAGAUGCUGAUUUGAGUCAAGGAGAGGUUCUUGAAAAAACUUGGAAAAGACGCAGCAACAUGAACAUGGCUGAUCUUCUAGAGCUUCACUAUUAUAUUCUUCGCAAGGACUUGGUGGAGCUUGAAGAGAAAAGGCAAUUGAUAAUGGGAGAAAUCAUCCAGAUGAAGAAAACUUUGGAUGAACUCCUUAGCAUGGAAAAUGUUAGUGAACUGAGAUCAAAGGAUGUCAUUGGUUUAACAACAAAUGGAGCAGCAAGACUGCAUUCUAUGCUGAGCAUUUUGGGCUGUGAAAUCGCUAUCAUUGAAGAAGCAGCUGAAGUUAUGGAAGCGCACAUUGUGGCCUGCAUCUCUAAAAGUUGCAAACAUCUGAUUUUGAUUGGUGACCACAAGCAGCUGCGUCCUAAGAUUUCUGAGUAUGAGCUGGGAAAGUUCUACAAUUUUGACGUGUCUCUCUUCGAAAGAAUGGUCAUCAACAGAGAAGGGUGCAUCACCUUGCAAGUUCAACACAGAAUGGCACCCGAGAUGGCCAAACUCAUUGUGCCAACAAUCUACAAAACCCUUGAGAACCAUCAAAGUGUGUUCGAGAGACCCAAAUUGAAAAGCUUGACACAAAGGCUUUCAUUUGUUACACAUUCUGAACCAGAGCAGCAGGACAAAGAAAACUCAAGCAGAACUAAUCCACACGAAGCAUCCUUUUUGAUUUCUCUUUGUCAACAUUUGUUGAAACAAGGAUACACAGCAAAUCAAAUCACCAUCCUGACUACUUACAAGGGACAAAUGUUUCUUAUAAAACAGAAGCUCAAAUCCAUCUUAUCCAAUUCAUCAAAAGAUGAAAAAGAACUGGCAGGUGUGAGAGUGUCUGUGGUGGAUGACUUUCAAGGUGAAGAAAAUGACAUCAUUCUCCUCUCCCUCGUCAGGAGCAAUGCAGAGGGAAGAAUUGGAUUUUUAGCAACUGAGAACAGAGUCUGCGUAGCUUUGUCCAGAGCCAAGCAAGGCUUCAUCAUUAUCGGAGAUAUGGGAAUUCUUUCUGCAAACAAUUCGACGUGGAAGGCUGUUCGAAAAUCAAUCGAAGAUCAGAACGCUCUGGAUUCUUCUCUAACCCUCAGAUGUGAAGUUCAUCCUCACUACAAAUUUAAAGUGUCGACCCCAAAAGACUUCCAAACGCUUUCUCCUUAUGGUGGCUGCAACCUGAUUUGUGAGGACCAGCUCAACUGUGGUCAUCCUUGCAAGACUGUUUGCCACUUGAUGCAAAUCAAGCAUGCUGAAAUUCAGUGCAAUGCACCUUGCGAGAGAAAAUGCAAUGCUGGGCUUCACAGGUGCAAACAAAAGUGCUUCGUCAAGUGUGGCUGGAAUUGCAUGGAAAUGGUGCAAAAGAACCUUCCCUGCAGUCACCAGGCAAUGAUGAGAUGUCACGCCGACGAAGAACAUUUCUUCUGCACAGAAAUCGUGAAAAAGAAAUUCACUGAGUGCAACCACGAGGCAGAGGUUGCAUGUUCUUGCAAGAGGUGUCCUCAACCCUGCGACAUGCAGGCACCUUGCGGUCACAGCUGCACCAGCAAGUGCCACACGGACUCUGAUCCCGACCACCUUCAAUACAAGUGUACGAAGUCAUGCAUAAAGAUGAACAAGGACUGCCGAUCAAAUCAUCCAUGCAAUAAGAAAUGCUGGGAGGAAUGUGAUGUUUGCGAAGUCAAGGUGAAAGUUAAGAGGAGCUGUGGCCAUCAAUUUGACUUAAAAUGUCACAUCGACCCUGAGGGAAUCGAGUGUCGCAACAUGUGUGCCAAAAUGCUCGACUGUGGUCACCGUUGCUUAAAGAAGUGCAACACUGAAUGCUCUCCUUGCAUUCAGUUGGUGGAAAAGGUCAUUUUGGAGUGUGGCCACUCUGCAAAGGUGCCUUGCGGCCGAGAAGCAACCAAGGAAGAUUGUGCAGAGCAGUGCAAGAAGCUUCUUUCUUGCGGACACACUUGCAAAGCCAAGUGCUCCGAAGAAUGCACCCCCAAUUGCCGGGAGGUUGUGGAACUGCAAAUAGGAAUGUGUGGACAUGAAAUCAAAAGGCUCUGUCUGGAGAAGACCAAAGGGAUAAAGGCUGAUGUGAUGAGAUGCACAGCCAAAUGCAAUACAUUGCUAGAAUGCGGACACGCAUGCGGAGGAACGUGCAGGACUUGUCACCAAGGAAGGUUCCAUGUGCCUUGCAAGCAGAAGUGCUUUAAGGAGUUAAUUUGCGGCCACAGGUGCCCCUCUCAAUGCAGUGAACCAUGUCCACCAUGCACACAGAAGUCCAGCAUUUCAUGUGCCCAUGAAACCCAAGAAUUUCCUUGCGGAAUGAAUAAAAGCAUUUGCAAGAAAAAGUGCAGUGUAAAAUGUGAGCAUGGAAAAUGCACGAACCAGUGCGAAAUGAAGUGCAAUUUUACCAGAUGUGACGAAAAAUGCUCCAAAACAUUAAAAUGCACGCACCCUUGUGCUGGGUUCUGUGGCAGCCCUUGCCCUGGCCUAUGUUGGGAAUGUGAUAAGGAAGAGUUGCUGCAUCAUGCAUUUCCCACAUUGGCUGACAUUCCAGAGGACCCAAGGUUCAUCCUUCUCCCAGACUGCCACCACACAGUUGAGGCAAGUGCUCUGGAAGCAUGGUUUAAGUGGCAAUCUUCACAACUGGAAAUCAAGAGAUGUCCACUGUGCCUGAAACAAAUUUCAGCCAAACUAUUGCGUUAUAAGAAAGAAAUCUUGGAGCCAUUUGACGACUUCAAAGAGAUUCGCAACAAAACCCAACCAAAUGGAAACCUGAUGGCCAAGGAAUUGAUGUCCCAAACACUUAGACAUGGUCCAUUGUGUGAAAAAUUUGGAAUUGACUCAUUGACCGAUUUUAUGACAAGGAUGUGCCUGGAAACCAGAAAAGGCUAUGAAGGAGACGCUCAAGCAGGUGCCAACCAGGCUGGAAGAGGCCGGAAAGGACGAAAUCGUACGAGUGGACCAAGUUUUGCUUUCAUCAAUCAAGUGCCUUUGAUGAAGAAAAAGAUGGACGUUGUUCAAGUUCUAAUAGAACUAUUGGAGUCAAAAUUGAUGUUUGGAUAUAAGGCUCUCCAAAUCAAUGACAAGAAGAGUGAAGUUGAUUUUAUCGUUGAAAUGCUGAAAGGGUGCAGAUCAAUGUCGACUCAGCAUACCAGAGAUUUUGAGCGUCUUCUCUCUGCCCUGAAUUUGAAAAUCAACCCCACCAGCAGAAUAAGGGAAGUUAAACUUCCUGAUGAUACUUUGCUGAGGCUUAAGUCACUCUGGCAGAAAUGUGGCGAGUGUAAAAACUUUGAAUAUGGCUCUAAGAAGGUAACCAAGGUAUGCAGCAAGUGUCAAGCAGCUCUGUCGGAUGGCCCAAUCCAGUUUCCUGACCUGGACCAUGCUAAACAACACGAUAAUAAGGGCAGAGUCAUCAGUGCCACUUAAAUUGAAAAUUUUGUAUGGGCAUUCAAUUGAUGCACAUCAUGAGACUAAAACAUAAAGAUUUGUUAAUUUUGCUCUGGUUUUUUGCUUUUCUACAUUAUUAUGAAUAUUGCAUAUUAUUGUUCUGUAAGAAUUAAUAAAAAUCUAUUAUAAAACUUUA